CAAUGCAUCAUGGGAAAUAUCUCCUGAGUGGAAACGGACAGAGCCUGACCGCCAUUUUAACUGCAGCGGUACAGUCCCGGAUCAGGGAACGUAGUUUGUUGGUUUCUAUACGUCUUUAUACCGACAUUAAUGUACAAGCGUACGUAUAUUGAAACGGCGAAAUAGGCAGUGGUGGCGACGUUGGUGGAGGAGGCGAAAGGCACUCCCUGAAAAGAGAAGUCGAGUGAAGAAAGGGGGAAGAUGGCGGCCGACAGGCGCGACGAGAAGGAUGGAGAGCUUAAUGUCCUGGAUGACAUCCUGACAGAAGCACCUGACCAGGAUGAUGAACUCUACAACCCUGAGAGCGAGCACGGUGUCAGUGAAAUGAAAGGUUCCAAGAGGAAGAAUGAUCGAGGAGAAUGCCUGGAAAGCAAGAGGCCGCGGUCUUCAGGGCAUGCAGUGCGACAGACAAUGAGGAGGCCCAUGCCGCCAAUGGGGGCUAACGGGAAAAAGCUGAUCAGCCUCAGAAGCAGACAUGCCACAGACUACAAGGGUGUUGACUACCACUAUGACAGGAAAGGCCAGACAGGAAGAGGGGGCAUCUCCAGGGAUGACCCCUCCAAAGCACAGAGCGACAAGACCCUGAACCACAGAAAGGAUCUGGAUCGGCGACUCAAGCCCUUGAUGCCUGAAAUCUCUGAGCUGAGGCACGCCAGUGAAGAGAGUAUUAGCAGAGUGAGCCACUCGUCCAAGGAAGAAGCAAACUCAGAGUUUGCCUCUGACCAAGAAACUGGCAGUUCUGUUGAGUCCUCUGAAGAUAACCGCUCCGAUGAGGAAGAAGUGGUUAUGGAAGAUGAUGAUGAGGAGCGAGAAAAGGGUGCUGGUGAGGAGGAGGAAGAGGAGGAGGAAGAGGAGGAGGAGGAAGAUGGAGAGGAAGAGGAGGAGGAGUAUGAGCUAGAGGAAGGAGACCAGCGAGAGGGAAAUGAGCAAAAUGACUAUGACACUCGCAGUGAGGCCAGUGACUCCCGCUCUGACUCUGUGUCCUUCUCUGAUGGCGAGUCUGUGCAUUCAGCUACUGGCUCUGAUACUUCAGAGCGGAAGAAGACGCAUGCUAGAGGGAUAUCGCCCAUCGUUUUUGAUAGAAGUGGCAGCUCAGCUUCAGAGUCGUGUGCAGGUUCUGAGAAGAAACUGGAGAAGCUGCCGUCCUCCGUCCGAGCGGUUCGCAAAGAUCAGACAAGCAAGUUGAAGUAUAUUCUGCGCGAUGCCAGAUUCUUUCUGAUUAAGAGUAACAACCAUGAGAACGUUUCUCUGGCCAAAGCAAAGGGCGUCUGGUCCACGCUGCCCGUCAAUGAGAAGAAGCUGAACGCCGCCUUCCGCUCAGCUCGCAGUGUCAUCCUGCUUUUUUCCGUCAGGGAGAGUGGGAAGUUUCAAGGUUUUGCACGGCUUUCUUCUGAAUCGCACCAUGGAGGGUCCCCCAUCCACUGGGUCCUGCCUGCUGGAAUGAAUGCCAAAAUGCUGGGAGGGGUGUUCAAAAUUGAUUGGAUCUGCAGACGGGAGUUGCCUUUCACCAAGACUGCUCACCUCUCCAAUCCAUGGAACGAGCAUAAGCCUGUGAAGAUCGGGCGGGACGGGCAGGAGAUCGAACCUGAAUGUGGGACUCAGCUCUGCUUGCUCUUUCCCCCUGACGAAAGCAUUGACUUGUAUCAGGUUAUUCAUAAAAUGCGCCACAAGAGGAGGAUGCCCUCGGAGCAGCGCUCUCGCGGGCGCGCCCCGCACCGCGAGCCGGCCCGCGACCUGGGAAGGCGUCGACAAGAAGAGUAUGACUUGCACAACAGGAAACGGCCAAGGAUUGACUAUCCAGCAGAGUUCUCUCAAAGAACAGGUUUUAUGCAAGACCCUCGUAAUCAGCCUGUAGACAGACGAUUCUCUGGAGUUCGAAGGGAUGUGUUUCUCAAUGGAUCCUACAAUGAUUAUAUGAGAGAGUUUCACCAUAACAUUGGUCCACCGCCUCCUUGGCAGGGAAUGGCACCAUACCCUGCCAUGGAGCAGCCCGCUCACCAUCCCUACUACCAGCACCAUCCUCCUGCACCCCAGACUCAUCCUCCCUAUUCUGGACACCACCCAGUGCCCCACGACGCCAGGUUCAGAGAGAAGCGGGUUGUACGUUCCUUUUCGUCCAGUCUGCAUGACUACGACAUGCGAGUCGACGACUUCCUGAGACGCACCCAAGCGGUGGUUAGCGGCAGGCGCAGCCGCCCUCGAGAGCGGGACCGGCAGCGGGAGAGGGACCGGCCAAGGGACGCACGCCGGGACCGAGAGCGGGAGCGAGGACGGGAGCGGGAGCGGGACAGGAUGAGGGAGCGCGAGCGGGAGAAAGAGCGAGGCCGCUACCGCAGAUAGGUGGCGCACUUGUCCUUUUUGCUGCCCUGUACCUUCUCUACGGAUUGUGCUGUUUUUAUUUCUUAUCGUUUGUUGUCCUUUGGGAACCUGAAGACUGUGUAUCAUGCAUGCAGUGUAACAAAAUGAUUAAAGCCAACCAAAAAAGUGAAAUAAUGCUGGUUAGUUUCCGGGAGACACGUUUGAAGAGACUUUUCAUUUUGUAUUCCUGUUACUUGCUUUUUGGGACCCAGUUUUGUAAUUUGUCCCCAAAAGGCCUGGUCACCCCCCCCGUGUCUGUGUUUGUACCUGCACAUGGUUCAGUGAAGACGUCACUACCAAACUUGGUCUGUCUGCACUGAAGUUUACUGUCUUGUACCCAGUAUGUUUUUAUUAACACUUUUAAGUUUCAAGCCAUGUAUUUUUCUAGCAUUUGAGUGACAAGCAAUAUUGACAAGUCCCUCAGUCCACCCCGUGAACCCAAACUAAGGCUCGAUCAGUGCUGUAUAGCUUCAUGUUUUGAAUAUCUGUAAAAUGACUUUGAAUUGUAAACAGGAUGUUUGUGGUUCAGAAAAAGCUAGUAUCUUUUAGUGAUACCUUUUUGUACAAAAUGGAAACCAUUAAACAAAAAAUCAA